UUUCAAGUCGUUGACAAUGAGAAUCAUGUACAGGUUGUGGCUGAUGAAGCUGUUACCAACGCUAGUAGCUUGAUUGGUUGCAGUGCCCAGGACCUCAUGUUAGCUUUGUCUACCCACAGAAUCCAAGCGGGGAAGGAUAAUGUUGCCAAAAGGUUAACAUUGCAGCAGGCAAUCGAUACGAGAGAUUCGUUGGCAAAAUUCAUCUACACAAGCUUGUUUGACUGGCUUGUAGAAGAAAUCAAUAAAUCCCUAGAAAUGGGCAAGCGGCUUACUGGGAGAUCGAUUAGUAUUUUAGAUAUUUAUGGAUUUGAGUCAUUCAAGAAGAAUAGUUUUGAACAGUUCUGUAUAAACUAUGCAAAUGAGAGACUACAGCAACAUUUCAAUCGGCAUCUAUUUAAACUUGAGCAGGAGGAGUAUGAAUUGGAUGGUAUUGAUUGGACAAAAGUAGAUUUUGAAGACAAUCAAGAGUGUUUGGAUCUGUUUGAGAAGAAACCUAUUGGGCUAAUAUCUUUAUUGGAUGAGGAAUCAAAUUUCCCCAGGGCCACUGAUUUAACGCUAGUCAAUAAGCUUAAGCAACACUUGAAUGCUCAUUCUUUCUUUAAAGGAGAAAGAAGUGGAGCGUUUAGUGUCCGACAUUAUGCUGGAGAGGUAAUAUAUGAAACAAGUAGCUUUUUGGAGAAGAACAGGGAUCUGCUGCACUCUGAUACGAUCCAACUCCUCUCCUCAUGCAGUGGACGAAUGCCCCAGUUGUUUGCAUCCAGAAUGCUUAAUCAAUUCCAGAAGAUAUCCAACCCUUUAAGCCAGUUCAGUGUGAUUGAUUCUCAGAAGCAAAGUGUUGGCACAAAGUUCAAGGGUCAGUUGUUCAAAUUGAUGCAGCAGUUGGAGAACACAACCCCACAUUUCAUUCGUUGCAUAAAACCAAACAGUGAGCGGCUUCCUGGCGUGUAUGAAAAAAAUAUUGUCUUAGAGCAGCUGAGGUGCUGUGGAGUUCUAGAGGUAGUGAGGAUCUCAAGAUCCGGAUAUCCAACUCGAAUGACACAUCAAGAAUUUGCAAGAAGGUAUGGCUUCCUACUUUCGGAGAACAACGCAUUUCAGGAUCCAUUAAGUACAUCAGUUGCUGUUCUGCAGCAAUUUGAUGUCCUCCCUGAGAUGUAUCAAGUUGGUUACACAAAAUUGUAUUUUCGCGCAGGACAGAUUGGUGCAUUAGAGGACACAAGAAAACAAGUUCUGCAAGGCACCCUUGAGGUCCAAAAAUGCUUUCGUGGUCAUCAGGCUCGGCGUUACUUCCAUGAACUCAAGAGAGGAGUAAUAACCCUGCAAUCAUUUGUUCGUGGUGAAAACACUAGAAAGGAGUUGAGGCAUCAGGUUGCACAAAAAAUGGUUGAUGAGAAGCUGUGGGCAAUUGUGCAACUACAAUCUGUAAUCCGUGGGUGGUUGGCUCGAAGGCAUUUUCUUCAUCUGCAGAACACGAAGAAGUUAAAAAGUGAUACUGUAAAUUUUCUAGGAAAGACUGGCAGGAAGAUUUCAGAGGUGAAGGAUUUGACACUACAGCAAGUUCACAUUCUGCCUUUGGGUGUGGAAGAGCUUCAAAGGCGUGUUAUGCAAGCAGAAGCAACCCUCAGCCAGAAGGAAGAGGAAAAUGCAGCAUUGAGAGAACAAUUAAAUCACUUUGAGGCGAGGUGGUCAGAGUAUGAAGCCAAGAUGAAAGCAAUGGAGGAGAUGUCACAAAGGCAGAUAGCCUCUUUGCAAAUGAGCCUCACAGCAGCCAAGAAGAGUCUUGCUGCUGACAACACUGCAGGCCAACCUGGAAGGCCAGAUGGUUCUCCAUCACCCUGCUAUUAUGAUUCUGAGGAUAAUAUGUCCAUGGAAACUCAAACUCCUGGCGGAAGCACACCUAUCAAAUUUGUUAACAAUGGUUCAGAUUUUGGAGGAGGACGAGGGACUAAUGGUAUUAAUGCAGUUAGUCAUCUGGUAAAGGAGUUUGAGGAACAUAGACAGAAUUUUGAUAAUGAGGCCAAAGCCAUUGUUGAGGUCAAGCCAGCUCAGUCAGCCUCUAUAAAUCCUGAUGAGGAGCUUCGGAAACUGAAGCACAGCUUUGAGACAUGGAAGAAAGAAUACAAGAUUAGGUUACGGGAGACAAAGGCAAAACUUUACAAGCUUGGGCAUUCAGAAGAGGAAAAGUACCGCCGGAGUUGGUGGGGAAAGAAGAGCAGAAAAGCCUAGUUUUGAGCUGAUUUGAUUUUCUGCCAAAUGAACUGGUCAAAAUUCUGGAUUGCCAUUUUCUGGAACAGUCUCGUUCCUCAGUACACAUUUACGGGUGUUGGUGUUGCAAGAGGUUAGUUGAUGUGCGAGAGUGAUUGCUUGUGUGUAUAUUUACCAAUUUUUGUUACUUGGUCUUGGUGGAAAGAUUAAUUGCUUGCUCAUAGCCAAAUGGAAAGAAAGUUAAAAUCCUUCCACCCGCUUCCCUCCCGUGAACAGUUUUUGAGUCUUUCUGUGAAUAUUCUGUUACUGAUGUAAUGUAGGAAUCUGUUGUAUUUACUAGUUAGUGAUGAGAAUAGGGAAGAGAGAUGUUCAAAACACCUUUCGUUCUCUAAGAGGUAUGUGUCAUAUAUUGGAGCGUUAGGAAGUGUUUUUUUUUAUUUUUUUAUUUACCUUCUGUAAAUGUUACAUUCUCGUGUGAAUUGUAUUGUUUACCAUUUAUUUUCAUGAACAUUGAGAGUGAUGGCUUGAAGGAGAUCACAACUUGAACCAAAUCAGAUUUAUUUGGAAUUGUAACGGUACAUAAUUUAAACCUCAGGCAUGGCAGACUAAGAUAAUCUACACGAUAUGUUCUGGAUUUUUUGAUUGAAUCUGCAGAAUAUGUUCAAAACACAAUGAGAAAGUGAAAACGUGUCUAAGAUCCCGGAACAAACUUGGUGGCAUAGACCCAUGCAUUGUUGGCAACAGGGUUCUCAAGGUGAUCCAAGAGGUUCUCAAGAGGUCCUUUGCCGGUGACAAUUGCUUGGACAAAGAACCCAAACAUGGAGAACAUGGCUAGUCUUCCGUUCUUGAUCUCCUUCACCUUAAGC